AGGAGCCCGCGAGGGCCAGCGCCGGUCAUGGGGAGCCGCCGCCGUCGCCGCCGCCGCCUCCGCGAGCGCAGAUUUUUCCCCAACAGGGCUCCGUCCUCCUCUCGCAGCGGGGGCGAGCCUGGCUGUUGAGGCGGAGGGGAUGGCGGACCCUCUGAGGAGGACGCUGUCCAGGCUCCGUGGGAGGCGGAGUCCCCGCGCCGCCGGGGGGCUCGGGCUCCGGGCGGCGGCUGCAGCUACGGUGGCGGCCUCCGCGGUAGCCGAGGGAGCCCCGGACGCCUCCUCGUGCGAGCACGCCGGCGGAGCCCGGCCGAGCCUGGAGCGGCCCCCGCCGUCGCCUCAGGCGUGGGGCCCCGAGGCUCGGGUCCCGGGAGGGCGCCCGGAGCGGUGGGGAGCGCUCGGGCCUCGGCCGCGCGGCGGGAAGGAGGCCGUCUCUUCGGGUGGCGGGCUCACUCGCGCCUCUCUGCGUGCUCCGCCGGGCUCCGAAGGCAGCGGAGAGGACGACGCCGAGCAGGAGGACGACGCCGACUACUAUGAGAACGUGCCCGGCGGCUCCCAGUCCGCGCCCGAGCCCGAGGGGGCGGAGGCGGAGCGGUGGCCCCCGCCUCCCCCGGCGGCGGGCUCCGCCCCGGGGGCGGAGGGCGGCCGCCUGGAGACAGGCAGGCUGCAGACCCAGUUGCGAGAGGCCUAUUAUCUGCUGAUCCAGGCCAUGCACGACCUGCCCCCUGACUCGGGCGCGCGGCGGGACGACAGGGGUUGGGCGGAUCGCGGCUGCCUUGUGGGAGCCCGGGCUCUGGGCCAGCCGCCUUCCCCCUGCGGCGCUGCGGACCGCCGAGCCUGCCCGCGAGACUGGCAGCGGGGAGGCGGUGGCCGCCCUUGGCAGCAGGUGUCUCCGCCCCGGUCUCCUCCGAGGGAGUCGGGGGGAGGCCGCCUGCGGACUCCUCGGAUGCGGCUGUCCUGCAGCAGAAGCCUCGAGAGCCUCCGGGUGGGUGCCAAGCCUCCUUCUUUCCAGCGGUGGCCGAGCGACAGCUGGAUCAGGUGCGGCGUGCGCGGGGACCUGGACGAGCCCCCGCCACGUGGAGGCGGGAUGGACGGCUGGAGCGGAGGCAGCGCCCCGGCCGCGGCCCCCUCCGGCCUCCGGCCUCCCUGCUCCAAGGACCCCGGCCGCUCCACGGGAAGCCCCUUCAGGGAUCCUGCGGGGUCAGCUGUGGCACGCAGCCGCAAAGGAGAUGGCCAGGAGGGGCUUCCCUUCCUCAAGCCUCCUGCGGUGACAGUCAAGAAGCUGCAGAAGUGGAUGUACAAAGGACGUCUGCUGUCCCUGGGAAUGAAGGGUCGCUCCCGUGGGACAUCCCCCAAAAUCUCUGGAGCGCAGGCGAACCCUCCAAAUCUGGGCGCCUUGAAAAUGCGUGAAAGCCAAGUCCUCUCCGUGCCUCCAGACCAAAGAAUUACGCUAACAGAUUUAUUUGAAAAUGUCUAUGGGUCUUCAGUGAAGAGAAGAGAACUUGAAGAUCUGAAGGAUAAUAUUGGAAUCAGAGGUCAUAAGCCACUUAACAGCAUCACUGUGUCAAAGAAACGCAAUUGGCUAUAUCAGAGUACUCUGAGAUCUUUUAACCUGGAAGAAGAAAAUAAGAAAUGCCAAGACAUAAGUCAUUUAUCCAUCUCACCUAAACAUCAGUUAUCACGACCUUUCCUCAAAUCAUCUGAAGAAUAUUGUACAUAUGUGGUGUGUAAUGCUACAAAUUCUUCAUUAUCAAAAAAUUGUUCUUUAGAUUUUAAUGAGGAAAAUGAUGCAGAUGAUGAAGGAGAAAUAUGGUACAACCCCAUUCCUGAGGAUGAUGAUUUUGGUAUAUCAAAUGCCUUGAGUUUUGGUGAGGCAGACCCUGCUGUUCUGAAGUUUCCUGCUGUUAGUUUGAGAGUAUUGUCUGGUCCAGACCUAAUGAAAGCAGAACAGUACACUGAAGGCUUGCUGUACUCUUCAGAACACAGAGACAAGGUUCAUACAUCACAGUCAAAUGAAGUGAAUCCUGUUGAGUCCAUCCACUCCACAGAGCUCGUGCGGCAGUACAAGCAAGGGCUUGGACACAAGACACAAGAAAGAAUAAUGGUAGAGGAGAGUCUCAUGUUGAAAUCUCCUUUUGCAGGUCCUGGGAUCCUAGGUGCUACAAAUAAGACUGAAUUGGGAGCUACUGAAUUAUCUUCUCCAAGCCCUAGCCCUGUGAAAAAAAGCAGUUCAAUUAACUGGUCUUUCCCAGAUAAAAUAAAAUCUCCACGAACUGUGAGGAAACUUUCCAUGAAAAUGAAAAGGUUGCCAGAACUUAGCCGAAAGCUGAGCGUUAAAGGAACUUUGAAUUACAUGAACAAUCCAGAUAAUACUCCUUCCUUGUCUAAAUGUACCUGUCGAGAAAUUCAUCAUGCCAAUAUUCUACCUUCUGGGAACACAACCACAGCUGCUAAGAGGAAUGUCAUAAGUCGGUACCAUCUGGAUACCAGUGUAUCUUCUCAGCACAGCUACCAGAAGAAAACAUCUGUGAGUUCCAAGUAUUCCUGCAAAGGUGGUUACCUCAGUGAUGGAGAUUCACCUGAACUUAUAACUAAAUCUAGCAAACAUGGAUCUGACAACAAAUUUGGAAAGGGAAAAGAAAUAAUUCCAAGUAGUUGCAGCAAGAGUGAAAUAGACAUUGAUGCUUUUAGACAUUAUAGUUUUUCUGAUCAACCUAAGUGUUCUCAGUACAUAUCUGGGCUCAUGAGUGUGCAUUUCUAUGGUGCUGAGGAUUUAAAACCACCUCGGAUAGAUUCAAAAGAUGUCUUUUGUGCAAUUCAGGUAGAUUCAGUAAACAAAGCAAGAACAGCUUUGCUCACAUGUCGGACAACAUUUUUAGACAUGGAUCAUACUUUCAACAUAGAAAUUGAAAAUGCGCAGCAUUUGAAAUUAGUAGUAUUCAGUUGGGAACCGACUCCAAGAAAAAAUCGAGUGUGUUGUCACGGAACUGUUGUUCUCCCCACCUUAUUCAGAGUGACAAAGACACAUCAGUUGGCUGUCAAACUUGAGCCUAGAGGUCUUAUUUAUGUGAAAGUGACUCUUCUGGAACAGUGGGAUAAUUCUCUUCCUGGACUGGCUAUAAAUCGAGAACCAGUAAUAUUUGGUGUUGAUAUUCGAAAAGUUGUAGAGAAAGAAAAUACAGGACUGAUGGUGCCACUUCUGAUACAAAAAUGUAUUAUGGAAAUUGAAAAGAGAGGCUGUCAGGUAGUAGGCCUGUACCGAUUAUGUGGUUCGGCAGCAGUCAAGAAAGAACUUCGAGAGGCUUUUGAGAGAGAUAGCAAAGCUGUUGGUCUGUGUGAAAACCAGUACCCAGAUAUAAAUGUAAUAACAGACAUGGAUUAUUUUGAAGUAUAUCUUCAGUAUCCUAUCCUUUCACCUAUAGAUGGUUUGUGUGAUGAUACCUAUUUUAUCAUGGGGAUGAGUAGAAUUUUCCUGUGUUGGUCCUUGUGCCUAAAUGAAGGUGUUCUUAAGGACUAUCUAAGAGAACUUCCUUCUCCUCUGAUAACAAAGCAGCUUUAUGAGGCUGUAAUAGAUGCAAUGGCAAAAAAUCCUUUGAAAAUGUCAUCAAGUGGAUGUGAGAAUGACCCAAGUGACUCUAAGUAUACUGUUGACCUGCUUGAUUGUCUGCCUGAUGUUGAGAGGGCAACCCUAAAGAUGUUGCUGGAUCAUUUGAAAUUGGUGGCUUCUUAUCAUGAAGUGAAUAAGAUGACGUGCCAGAACCUGGCUGUGUGCUUCGGACCAGUGUUAUUAAGUCAGAAGCAAGACACUAACCAUAACAACAGAGUCUUUACUGAUUCAGAAGAACUUGCAAGUGCUUUGGAUUUCAAAAAACAUAUUGAAGUUCUUCAUUAUUUACUUCAACUCUGGCCAGCGCAACGUUCAACUGUCAAAGAAUCAACAGAUAAUUUGUUCCCAGAGCAGAAGUCUUCUCUAAGUUAUUUGAGGAGGAAGAAAGAACGACCUUGCAUGUUAAAUUUGAGUGGUACUGAUUCAUCAAGAAUACUUAGACCGAGACAAACCAGAUUAGACAGUCCAGUUAGCAAUCGGUAUGCAGGCGACUGGAGCAGCUGUGGAGAAAACUACUUUUUAAAUACAAAAGAAAAUUUAAAUGACGUAGAUUAUGAUGAUGUCCCUUCAGAAGACAGAGAAAACGGAGAAAAUUGUAGCAAAAUGUAUGGACCAGAUAUAAUGAUUGAACAGCCAGUACCCUUGUCCGAAGAGUACACAUUUCAGACGUAUUUGACAAUGCAGACAAUUGAGUCUACAGUGGACCGAAAAGUCAAUCUCAAAGAUCUACAGGAAAGUAUUGAUACUUUGAUUGGAAAUCUGGAGCGUGAACUCAACAAAAACAAGCUUAAUAUGAGUGUUUGAGAUUGAGAGGUUUUAUUUGCUUUUUUGUAAUGUUUUAAAUUUUAAAUCAAUCUUUCUCAUUUUCUUAUACCUCUCACAAUGGUUUUAUUUUUUUACUUUCAAAAAUUCCAUUAAUUUCUAAUAAGUUCAUGUGAUUCCAUUAAAAACGCUAUCAAUAAUACAAUUUUUACUUAUCUCAAUAGAAAAUUUUUCUUGGGGCAAAGAUAACUUGGACUUGUGGAUAUUUUAACAAAUAUGGCCAAUUCUGUGGAGAUGACUUUUAAAUGCACUUACAAGGUUCAGAUAAGUUAUUGGCCCCUCAUGGUUUUUGUACUUUAUAGGAACUGCUCUUUUGUAGCUGAAACAGGUGUUUCUUUCAGAGGAACGUGGUAGCUGCUCCGUCUGGUUUGCGGUGUGAGCCCAUGUACACUGCAGCAUCCUUUGAUCAUAUUUCAUUUGCAAUGCAAAUGCUGCUCUAAAAAACUUUUUAUAAAUAAAAGUAAAAUUAUACAAAUAUUAAUGUAUUCUUAUUAGCGUUCAGUAAUUAUUUAAGCUUAUGAAAACUAAAUAUUUUUAUAAACCUGAAAUGUGUAUAUUUAUAAGUGCAUAUAUGGAUAGAUGUUAGAAUGAGAGGAGGCAUGGGCUACAGAAUCACAUGUAUCUUUAAAGUAUAUAUGUCAUGAGGCCAAAAUUAUUAGCUUCAAAUGUCUUUUUCAGGGAAAGAAUAUUUAAGUUAAAGGAGGAGUUCUGUAGAAACACUUGAACCAAAACACUAGAGGCAUCUGAAUAGAAAUAAUAGACUUUCUUUUUUUUAUUCACAGAAAGUCACAGUAUCCCUAGUGAGAAGUCAUCUUUUAAAUUGAAAUUCUCUAACUUCUUAAGGGAUUAAGUGCCCAGAUUUCUGCACUAGUGAUUUACACUUCAAAAAUCUUUACCUAUUCUAUGCAUUUUUAUGUUCUGCUUUUUUAAAACAGAGUAAUUGUGCUUUAAAUGUAUUAUUUAUUUGUAGUAGUACAUUGAUAACAUUGACUUUAUAAUUGCCCUCAUAUGUAUCUAAAGAAAUCUUGCCGGCAUAGUCCAUGUUAUUGAUUUUUAAAAAUAACUUAUUUUGGCUAAGUGUAUCUACCAGAUAGGCAUUAUAGCAGUCACAGCAGUGUUUGAAAAAUGUAAAUUUAGAAGACUUUUUAUUAAAUUGGAAUGUAUUUUUUUAAACUUUUAUACCCACAGAACAUGUAAUUUUAAAAUUAUAAAUAAAAUUUGAAUUACCAACUUAAAGAUGUAGCAGCCAGUAGAAAACACUUCUUGAUGUUUUUCUAAAUAUUAAAGUAUUUAACUAUUUCUAUGUUAAAUAUACACUGAUAAACAGAACACCUUCUUAUUUAAUUUGAAAACUCAAUUGUUAAAAAGCCAGAUAAAUAAUUAUUUUUAUAUGAAAAUUUCAUUUUUUAAAGCUUUGUAUAACAAUUCAGAAGAAUACCAAAAGAAUUUGUGACAGGUAUAUAUCUAGAGGAAACAGUCAAAAGAAAUGUACUUUAAAUGUUUUAUAGGAAGACUUUGUUUGCUAUAUCAUGUAUAUUGUAUGAAUUGAAUAAGUUGUUCCAGAAAUGUAAAAGUUUUAUUAAAGAAUUAUAACCUUGGUGUCAUGCUAUUAAUUAU